UUUUUCAACUGCUUCUGCUUUGUUUUAAAUGAGCUGCAUCUUUCUUCUUUAAAGCCAUAUCUUUCUUUUUUGACAUAGCUUUCUAUUUUUUUUAACUCAGCUUCAUGCUUUUACAUCAGCCGCUGCUGAGUCCACUUGGUUUAGUUUUUACCUAGCCCUCAAGUCGCGUCUAAUUGGGUCCUUGGCAGGAUAAAUAGUAAAAAAAUCAAAUGGGUCCUUAGCAUCGGCAUUACCAAAAUUCUUAGCCAAAUUCUUAUUCAAAUCAGUGGUUUUGAUUUUUCUGACCUUUGAGUUGCCUCUUCUUUCUUUCGAUUACGGUUUACUAACGUGGAACAGUUAUUAGUGACGUGGAUUAGUUAAUCAGUUUUUAAUUAUAAAUAAUCUCAAUUAGAAAAAUUUAAUCAAUGAUGUUUAUUGUAAUUUUUUAGGGUCUAGGAAUUAUUUGAGUAUUUUCUUUUUAAAAUGUAUGUUAUGAGAGUCAUUUAAUAACUUUUAUGCUAUUUAAGUAAAUUUCUCUUAAAGUAUCUUAGAGUUUGAAAAGGUUUAUUAGAAAUGCAAAAUUUCCUAUGGUGUAAUUAUAAAUUUGAAAAGUGUUCUAAAAUAAAUAUUCUGAAAUAAAAAUUGUGGAGAAAGACUACAUCAUCGGACAACAGUGCAAGUACAGCACCAACUCUGCCAAAAGCCAAAUAAAGACUUAAACAUUGUCAAUUACAGAAAGAUAUAUUGCUAAAUUCACAAAGUACCACUCCGAGAAACAAAAGCAUCUCUCAAAUAUCCACGUGUUCAUCAUCUAUUGCUUGCUUCAAUACCACUUUGUUUCAUCGCCCCAUGAUUCGUGGGUUUAUAUCUGAGCGUCCGAGGAUAUUUUAAGCUCACGCGCUCCUGUCUACAUUUGACUCUACUCGCUCUUCACAUGCUUGCCAGAAUCUUCGCCUCGCGAUCUUAACAAGUUACGAGGUCAAAGAUUUAUGACCCAAUCAGACUUGCCAGUAUAAAAGCGAGUACGAAGGGUUUUUAUACUCGCGCCAUAGAGACUUUACGAAACUGCUGAUUGUAAUAAUACCAGCAGUGGUUUUAUCCUCAAUCCGCUCUCUUGCCAUAUACACAGAGAAAACUCAGAAGGCAUAUUUAUUGAAGAAAAAAAAACAAAGAAGCUUCUCGUCUUCCUCUGCCUUCUUUCCUUAUAUUGGAAAAAACCCUAAUCAAAUGGGGAGAGGGAAAAUAAUAAUAAGAAGGAUCGAUAAUUCGACAAGUCGACAAGUGACUUUCUCCAAGAGAAGAAGUGGGUUGCUUAAGAAGGCUAAAGAGUUAUCAAUUCUUUGUGAUGCUGAAGUUGGUGUUAUUAUUUUCUCUAGCACGGGCAAGCUCUACGACUUCGCAAGCAAUUCAAGUAUGAAAAGUAUCAUUGGGCGGUACAACAAGGUAAAAGAGGAGCAGCAUCAACUACUGAAUCAUGCCUCAGAGAUAAAGUUUUGGCAAAGAGAGGUUGCGACUUUGCAGCAACAGCUCCAUUAUCUACAACAAUGCCACAGGAAACUUAUAGGAGAAGAACUUUCUGGAAUGAAUGCUAAUGAUCUACAAAACCUUGAAGACCAGCUAGAAAAAAGUCUAAAAGGUGUUCGUCUAAAAAAGGACCAACUUUUGACGGAUCAAAUCAGAGAACUCAACCUUAAGGGACAAAUUAUCCAAAAGGAGAACCAAGAGCUACAUAGUAUGGUAGAUAUCAUGCGUAACGAAAAUAUUAAACUGCAAAAGAAGGUUCAUGGAAAUCCAAAUGCUACUGAAGGCAAUUCAAGCGUAGAUCGAGCAACCAAUCUAAAGGAAACAUAUGCACCACCGCAACUUCAACUCAUACAACUACAACCUCCUAGAGAAAAAUCAAUUAAACUGGGGCUACAACUUCUUUAGCAAAAAGUGUUGGACAACUAUCGAUCUACAAAUGAGGUCGUCUCUCCGGCGACUACUUCAUGAAGUUUGUAUAUGAUAUGCAUUGUUUUUCAAAUUACGUUUUAACCGAAAAUAUUUGAUGUACAACAUAAAAGAAUGAUGUGAUGUGAGUCCAAACACAACAUACAUUAUAAUUUCAUCUUUUUUAUUU